AUCAUCAUGUCUGAACCAUUCUCCGACAAGGAGAAGUAUAACAUGGACAUCGCUCUGCAUCCUUCUCGUUCCGCAAUGCCAUCCCUCGAAGAGUACGAGCCUGUUGGCGCCAAGAUCAAGGAUGAGGUCAAGAACGAGGUCAAUGGACCUCAUUCACCUCUGUUUGAACCACAGGUCUCAGCGAAGCGAACCGUGGAAGACGCCAUGUCCACGGUGGAGUCCAAGAAACCCAAGAUCUUUACCGAAUCUUUCGGUCCGCGUGCAUAUGGAGGAGGCCCUGUUCGUCAGUACAUCCUUGGAAAGCCGUACAACUACUCAAGACACGAAACUGUUCCACAGCUUGAGGUCAACAGCCAGCACCAUCAAGACGCAAUUGAACACUUUCUAUUCAGCUUGAAGGAGGUUGCGCUGCCUGCUCUCUCACCCUACAGAGAUGAGGACAAAUCAGUCAACGACACUGUUGAGUGGUUGGAGAAAAACGCCAACAUUCCCGCGACACCACCAACUCUCUUCGCAUUGACUGGUAACAGCGGUUCGGGAAAAACAACCACACUCAACAAUGUCCUUGGCAUGUCUGGUCUUGCAAAUGCUGACGCUUCAAUGGAGAGUGUUACUCAAAAUCCACAGAUCUUCAACCAUGGAACCCAGGAUGCAAUGUUCUUGGUUGAGGUCUUGUUCAUCAAUGGGCGAACCAUUGAAAACCUGAUCAAGAAAUGCGUCAAAGAUCUUGUUGACUACGUUAGAUCCAUCUCAGGUGAUGACGGCGAGGAAGAGAAUGAUUACAUUCGCGAUUCGGCCGAGGCAAGCAAGCAAGUUUUCGACGAUCUCUUCUCUCAUCAGGACGCACUGAAAAGUCUAGAUGAUGUGGAAGAAUUCUUGGAGGCCAGAGACCUGCUUCAUCAAGACGAUGAGGAAAUUGCGGACGCAACCGUUGACUCUUUACACAAGCAGAUCCGAGACCGUGCUUCCUUAGAAGGUAUCGAUCUGGACCAGAGAAGACUCAGAUUCACUGCUAUCAAUCUUGGAGAACUGCACGCAAAGACCGCCAAAUUCUCGGAGCGCGGUGCUUUUGCACCCCUCGUUAGCAGUAUUCGCACCAAAACUUACUCGCAUCUACUUGCAAUGGGUAUCGAAUUCGCAGACUUGCCUGGAUACACAGACACCAACAUCCACCUACGCAAAACAUCAAUGGCAUAUCUGGUCAAUUGCCCGAAGGUCAUUUUUGUGGCCGACCUUUCAAGAUGUCUAACGACUCCGGAGUUGGAAAAGAGCUUGAGAGAAAUCAUCAGGCUUAAGGGUGCAGAGAAUGUCUGCUUGGUUCUCCGAGGAAAAGAGACUCUGGAAAAGUCAUUGAGCGCUGCGAAACUUCAGCGAGACAAUGGGGACGAUGAGGACAUCGUAUCGCAAGCCAGAGCCAACGUCCAAGCCAUUGACCGCCAGAUCUUGGAGUACAGAAUCGCCGUCCGCGACCGUAUCUACCAGAACAAACACGACGCUAGCAAGAUACGUGUCAUCACAGUCGCCAACAAGUGCCACGAACACUACAUGAAUGGCACCAACAAGGCUAUUCUUUCUUUUGACCAGACCGGCAUCCGAGAGCUUCGGGCAUACAUGUGUGAAACACCCAGCAGAGAGCGUGUUCGAGCUUUUACGCGCCACUCUGCGAACUGCAUCACCAAGAUGCGCCGUAUCUCCAUCUGGGCCGAUGGACCUAAGAUGCCCCCUCGCGAUGCUGCGAUGGCACUCUUUGGGCAGCAUACCCAAUGGGGUGUUGAGGGUGACAGGGUUUCCUUGACCAAAGUCUUGACGCAGUACAAGAAGCUCUUGAACACUCGCUUUUCCAGCACAUGGGCGGAUGCCGCGCAAAAGACAAUGGACGGCUGGGCUACUAAAUAUGCUGCACGUACUCAGGGUGUCUUUAUCCGUCAGGGAGGAAGACACAACCCGAGGAUCAAGGGUUCCAAGAGCAAGAAACCGGAACUUGUCUCCUGGAUUGAAGAUCUCCUGCUCGUCGUCGAAGACGAUGUUCCAAGCCUUCUGAAGUCAACUUGGGAUGCUGUCAACGUGGCCGAAGGCAACAUCUGCGAGAACAUCUCUAGAGUCGUCGACAAGAUCCGCCACGGUCUGGAAAUGCUGGACACCAUCGGAGGCGCCAACCUGGAAGGGGUUUUUGAACUUUUUGAUGAGGAGGGUAAGUCCUGCGCUCGCGAUAUCAAGGAGGGUAUUGUUGAGCUCAAGACAAAUCUGAGAUCGACCGCUUUGAGAUCUGUUACUGACGAGCCUUGUGAUGACGACUCACCUGUGUUUGUCAGAGAGAUGUACAAGAUUUUCAAGACCACUUUCGCGAAGUUCCCUCCUAAAACCAAGAACGUCACCAAAGAGCGCAUGAAGUACAUCGUUGAGCAGGUUCUCAGCGGCAAAGGACCUUACAACAUGAUGAACAACGAGGUCUCUUCUCAGAUGAGCCCAGUCAUCAACACAUGGGCUGAGAAGGCCACUGCGCGUAUUGAGAAGAUGCACGCAGAUCUCCGCGAUGUCCUCUUCAAGUCUUUCGAAGGAAAGAAGAUGUCUGACGCCAGACGUGAGGAGAUCGCACCUGCCAUCAAGGCCGCUAUGGACAAGGUCAGAGCCGUCUUGCAGGCUGAUCUUGAUGGUUACGCUGCUGACAUCCUCUGA